GGUGGUAAAGAGACAGGGACAAUGACAACGUGCGGGGAACGUGGGGAACCUUUUUAUGGGUCUUAUAGUUUUUUUCAUUUCUCUUUUUUUCAACAGGUUUAGUGUUUCUUCUUCCUUUUGGCACUCGAAUUUUCGAAUUCAUUUCUAAUGGUUAUGGUUUUUUCAUAGACCAUCACUGCGUAAAUGUUGAGUUUGGGUAAUGGAGAGAAAAGUGGAAGAAAAUGGGUUUCAUCAUUUUUUUUUGUCGGUCUAAAUAGUAGAAAAUUAAAAUGAAUAAUUUUUUCAUGUGUAAUUAUUAAUUUAAUUAAUUUUCAACAUAACACCAAUAACUCCUGCAUCGGUAUAUCGAAAGGAUUGAACGAUAUAAAUGAUUUUUUUAUUGAUCAUUCGGAAUAUUGCGGACUUAUAAUAAAAAAUAAUCGUACAAUACUAAGAACUCGUGAGUUAAAAAAGUACAAAAGUUUAUCAAUCAAAAAAAGGAGACAGACGAAAAGAGAAGAGUGUUCCUAAAGGAAAACAAUAAAGUGUGUGAAAAGGGCUGGUUGAGGUGGACGCAUGUUGAUAAAAUGUCGGGAUCACAGCGAAUGAGAAAAUCAUCGCCAUGCUCAACGACAAAGCAGGGACCAAUGCGUGCAACCCUGCCAGUUAGUUCGUUAUUACGACAGAGCAGACAGGGAAGUAGUUUGCGUAAAAGUAACAGCAACAGUCCAACUGUAUCGCCAACUAAUGCCAACGCAUGGAGAGCGGCACGCAUAUCACCGGAUACAUCAGCCUCAUCAGGACAGAGGAGUCCUGGAUCACUCUCGUACAAAGCAAAAUCAAAGACAUUGACUGGUCGGUGUAGCGAUGGCCUGAGUGGUAACCAGAAUAUACGUAGAACUGCCUCUCUCGAUACUAUUUACUUGAAGGGCCAGUGGCCCCGUGACUCGUAUUACGUACAUACCAGCCUUCUCUCGGUGGACAAAUCCACCCAGACUGAGGAAUGGUCCAGUGAGCCCAGAAAAAUCCACAGCAGACAUCAGACUGAACAGGCCAAUAUCUCGCAGGAUGACAAAUUACCCAUGGACAAGUACAUAAGACAAAGAUUACAACGGACGAAUAAGGAGAGCACGAGUUGUAGAGAGCGAACGACUGCCUUUGGAUUCAUAAUGCCUGGUGGACCUCCCCCUGCACUUCCUGGCGAUCACACUGUGCUCCUUCCCAGUAUUGCAUCACAAACACCGAUACAAAAUCAGUUUAGUUUGAGUACAAAAGCAAGCCCCAUGAACAUACCAGUGAAACCCAUGAGACCACCGAUGCGCUCCUCCAUUGAGGGCCUUAAUCAGGAGAUUGAGGGACUCGUCCUCAAGUCAAACUCUAAUAGUAAUGAUCCAGAGCAUGCAGUUGAGGACAAGUACGCGAGAUAUCGUGAACAAAUGACUCCAGAGGGUCAUAGGGCUCCUCUGGCGGAUCUCCUGAGGGCAACGCGCAGCGUAAAUACACAGACACCAGCCACAGACCUUCCCUCGAGUUCGUAUUCUUCAGGGCCACCAUCUAGGAAUUCAGAGUCUCCACUGAUACCAGGCCUCUUGGAUACUUCUCGUCCACCCAGCGAUCUACCACAAGGUGGAAGUCGUGGAUCAACGCCGGAUCAGGAGAGGGAAGGACGAUUAGGUACAUCACCUCACAUCAACAGGUUCUUGGCGAGAGAACCUCCCGAUGGCUGCGAAAAAGUUAAUCUCAAAUUCGUCGAGGAUUCGUCCAGGCGGCCAAUGAUUGAUGUCAGUAAAUUGGAUUUUCACCCGAAACCGUGUGUGGGAUUCCAGUUGAAACCGAGUCUUGGUUCGGCAUUUUUACCCCUGCAACAGCAACCAGCAAGUCCAACAGUUAUAUCCGGAACCCAAUCACCAUCGUCACAAGUUAAUCCCUCAACACCUCCCCCUAAUCCAUAGUCCUUCCUUCUCCCACCAUACAUUAAAACAGCCACCCAAAACCCCCCCACCCACCCCCCACAAGUGUCAACAUUCGUAUUUUUUAUUACCUUUUUUUACGACAAAUAUUUUACUAAUUAAAUUACGAGAAGAAUUCUCACAAAAUUCCCCCGCAAUUCUCUCCUAGAAAGGAUAAAAAAUAUUAAUUUUUUCAAAUUGUAAAAUUAAAAUUCAUUGUAAAAAUCGAUUAAUUGUCUUUCCGAAGGCAUGAAUUCAAACUGUUUCGCAGGGUUUUAAAUAUUAUUCGAUGAUUACUUAUCAUCCAGAGAAUUGCAGGAUAAUUUUGGGGAUAAAGUUGUAUUUUUACGUUUAGAUUUAACGAAAAAUGGAAACUGACCAUGUACAACCAAUCAAUUAAUUGAAAAACAAAAAAAAAAAGUUAGUAAAUGUUAA